AUGUGCCUGUAAACAAACGCAGUUCCAGCUAAUCGAAGUUAUUUACAAGAAAUUCUUUAUCAAAUUCGUGUUAUACGCAGCAGGUUCAACAAACUUUACUUUGUGACGUAACCGUUGGUGCUGCGCUAAAGUUAACCAGAAGCAUCAGACGCUUCAGCAAUGAUUACUUUUAUGACUGACUUGCGCCCUUACGGUUGUUCGUGUACGGCGUUUUGCAAACGCAAGCUGCAAGUACACGUUUAGUUUAAUGAGUGAGGAUCAGUCCGUUAAGCGAAUUGUUAAAGCAAGGAAAGACAGUAGAAGUGGUGUUUUAAGUUGCCUAGUAUAGGCCUUUAUAUCAAUACUUGGUAAUAUAGGGCUCACUUAACAUCUUAGAAUUCAGUUUAUUAAAACAUGUUUGAGCUUGAAACUGACUUGAGAAUUAUUAAAUGGAUGUCAGGCUCUAUCUUUAUGGCGGGGAUUUUGUCGUUGGCAGCAUAUCAAGUUGGCGUGCCGUCUGGUUAUGGCAAACACACGAAGAAGUCGAAAUUCACUGUUGACGCCCGACUAGCUUGGGUAAUACAGGAAUGUCCUUCAUUCUUUCUACCAGUGUUGGUAACCUACAGUGUUGGCGUUGAAAACAUCAAUUUCUCCAAUCUCUUAAUCAUCAGCGCCUUCGCCUUCCAUUAUUUCCAGAGGUCGUUCAUCUACCCAAUGUUGAUGAAUCGAAUGAGCACUCCCCUACCUCUCCGCAUCGUCUUUAUGAGUUUUACCUUUACAUUUAUUAAUGGGUACGCAAUAUCAAAGUAUGAAGCCGCACACGUAUCAUUACCGGAAAACUGGAUUAAUUCUUUCCAGUUCUUGACAGGCAUGCUUAUGUGGGCGUCUGGACUUCUCAUUAAUAUUCACAGCGAUCAUGUUUUGAGAAACCUUCGAAAACCGAACGAAGUUGGUUAUAAGAUUCCGCGAGGUGGCGCCUUUGAGUACGUAUCAGGAGCGAACUUCAGCGGAGAGAUUUUUGAAUGGUUUGGUCUUCUAAUCGCCUCUAAUUUCCACUUUCCUUUGAUUUGCUUCUCUCUUUCAACAUCUCUGACGAUUGGAACAAGAGCUCUUUUCCAUCACAAGUUCUAUUUAAGCAAGUUCGAAGAUUACCCGAAGAACCGAAAGGCAGUCAUUCCAUUUGUUCUUUGAAUAAAUUGACAACAUAAUAACCAACCCGGCGGUUCUACUGUGAAUAAAAUAUUUAUAAAUUCAA